GUAGAAAGGAAGCGACAUAUUGGAAAUGACAUUGUCACUAUCGUAUUUCAGGAAGGUGAAGAGUCUUCUCCAGCAUUCAAGCCAUCCAUGAUUCGCUCUCAUUUUACACAUAUUUUUGCCUUAGUGAGAUAUAAUACGCAGAAUGAUAGUUACAGGCUGAAAAUAUUCUCAGAAGAAAGUGUUCCUCUCUUUGGGCCUCCUCUUCCAUCCCCACCUGUGUUUACAAAUCACCAGGAAUUCAGGGAUUUUGUGUUAGUGAAAUUAAUAAAUGGGGAAAAAGCCACCUUGGAAACGCCAACAUUUUCUCAGAAACGUCAACGCACCCUAGACAUGCUGAUCCGCUCUUUAUACCAAGACCUGAUGCCUGAUCUACACAAGAACAUGCUCAAUAGAAGGUCCUUCAGUGAUGUGUUACCAGAUUCCCCAAAAUCAACACGGAAAAAAGAGGAAGCUCGGCAAGCAGAGUUUGUCCGACUUGGUCAGGCAUUGAAAUUGAAAACCACUGUGAAGGGGGAUGCCACAGCGAACUUGGCAACCACAAGCUUUGGUAAAAAGGAGCCUUGGGAAUCUCAAUCUUUCUGCAGUAAUUUUCCUCAUGAGGUUGUCUGUGCAGAUUCUUGGGGCCAGUCCUUGCUGGUUUCUACAGAUGCUGGCAUCUUGUUAAUAGAAGAUGGUCAGCCGACGGUGCAAGUAUUUGAUAAAACUCUCCAAAUAAAGCAGAUGCAUGUAUUGGAAGCUCUGGAUCUUUUGAUUGCCCGAACAGACAAAG